AUGUUUUUUAUGUCAAACCUAAAUUAUAGUGAUAAGCUAAGAGUAGGAGAAAGAAAUGGCGGAGAAAGUCUGGUGAUUUUACCUAUGUAAGAGACGUAAUGUCAAGGCCAAAUUUUAGCUACUAAAAGCAAAGCAAAGUUAUUCGCUUCUCAAUUUAACCUUUCCCGUGAUCGAGUGAAGACAUGCGAAUUUUCAAUGACGUUUUGGACGUCUUUCUUUUCAAUUAUUAUUAUUCUUAUAUUUUGAUAUUUAUAAAUUGGGUUUAAUGUAAUUGUCACGCCCAAAAUUUCUUGUUGUUUGGAUACUCGUUUGAGUCAAACGUCUCCAUUGCGAUUUGCGCUUUAAUUUCGACGUUCGUGAGGCCGUAAGUUUUAAUGUACGAAGGGCGUCCAUAAAAUUGCAUGGAAUUAGGGGACGCAUAGUAGACAAAUUGAUCGCGUUCGACUAGAUAAAGUUCGUUCAAUUGGACCUGCUGUGGUAAUUUUGGAAAUUGGUACUAACGACCUUAGCCAUAGCAAACCCGAAGUAGUAGGUUCCAACAUCGAUGACCUCGUUCAUUUUUUACUUCAGCUCCCUUAUGUUCAGAUAGUAGAGGUUUGCCUCAUUACACAAUCGGGCAGCUUCCCUGGAGUUCAACAGUCAGGCGUUCAUUUUGAACCAAUAUUUAGAUGUUGUUCUGGACGGUGUUUCCAAUGUUUUUUGCUGGAGUCAUAAGGGCUUCCUACAGCGCGUUAAAUCUCCAUUUUCACCAGACGGUGUUCAUUUCAAUCGUAGAGCCUGCAUCGCAGUUUUCGCGGUGCUAUUCUAAAAGUUUUAGCAUGCAAGCCUUCCUGUUGUUAGUAUUUUAUCUUCGGUUGAAUGUCAUUUGUACUUUUAUGUCACCACAUACUGUUUAAUUUUAUUUUGAUUUCUUCUUGCAUGAGGCUACGCCCUCACACUUUGAUUCCGGUGUGGGCUGCGUCCACACGGAAUAUGGUUUAUUUAAUUUGGAGAAGUACUCCCUAUACUUUAUAAACCUUGUUAGAUUUUAUUCUCGUCUAUUUAUGAUGGCUGCGCCCUCACACGAGUUAAUGUGAGGCUACUUCCUCUUUAUUUCUUAGUGGCGUUUUAUUGGGCGAGUGGUGCGGCCACUUUGUUGUCAACCAGCAAAUGUUGCUCCUCUUGCUCCGGCCUCUGCUAUCACGCCACAACAGCUCCAAGAGAUCGUCAGCUCCGCGACCGCAGAAGUUACUCGUCGCCUGCAAACUGUAGCAACUCCAGUGCCUGGUGUCGACGAAGUCCCAUCGAAUUCUCCUUCUGGAUCUGCUGCCUCAGUUACGGAAUCGCCCAUUGUCCGCAUCUCAGAACAUGUCGCUACUCCUCCGACGGCUGUGGCGCAACCUGCUGUUUACAACGCAAUUUCAGGUGAGACGUUUUUGGCGCCUAAUUCUAGCCGUGUGAAACCAACGCAGGAAUAUCUCUCUAUUAGUUUACCUAUAUAGACUGUUAGAUUUCCAUUAAACUUAAAAAUAAAAUUUGGAACCAUGAAUACAUCGAUUUCGGGUCUUUGUUGAGCAAUACAAUGUCGGAAAACAAAUUCCAAUUGAGCUUUUAAUUAGAUCUUCUGACUCCGGUUUACAACCAUCUCCUUCAGUAGAGCCGAUAAGUAUAGCCAAGAAAAUAACAAAUAUUUCUGGUUGGAUGAGUGCAGUUAGCACAUUUGUAGAGGUUUAUGAGUCCCCCACACUCAUGAAACACGGGGAUAUUGUACAGGACAUGGCAGAUGGGGGUCAAAAUUGGCGGUUCUACGAUGAAAACUUUCGCUCUUUGCGUCAAAUCAAGCGUAGUUCGUUGUCUUGGGCCAACGUUCACUGGGAAUUGUGGCUGCGAUCGCAACAUACUUCGCACAUAUUAACCUGCCCAAUGCAGCGUGCCCCUUCCGAUAAGGGGCCAAAAUAUUAAUUUCAUCGAGGAUCCUUCUUCAAGUUUCACAAAGCAGAGGCUUGUUCUUGGUGUGAAUUUAAACAUUCUUGUUUUAAGUGUGACUGCCUACACCCUGGCCUUAAAUGUAAUUUUCGUGGCCAACUUAGGCGCGAUUUUCCCAGAUUUGCCAAUCAACUUAAAUCGGCUUGAUCCAUAUUUAAACGGUUAUUUUGCAGACAUAAUAUCUACGCUCGUUUCAGGUUUAACUAAUGGUUUUGCGUUACAUUUUUCUGGUGUUGUUAACAGCCAAGAAGGCAAAAAUCUGCCUUCGGCUUUCGCUAAUCCAACCAUGGUUGAGGAAAAACUUGCUAAAGAACUGUCAGCUCUCAGGCUUAGAGGGCCUUUUACUGCCGCGCCAUUUCACACAUUUAGGGUUUCUCCGUUGGGUCUAGUUCCAAAAAAGACAUUUGGCGAAUUUCGUUUUAUUCACCAUUUGUCCUUCCCGCGCGGUCCUUCUGUCAAUGAUGGCAUAGCUACCGAAAACACUAGCGUGCACUAUGCCACAGUUGCAGAUGCUAUUCACUUAAUCAAACUCGCGGGACAUGGAUGUCUUCUUUCAAAAAGCGAUGUAAAGAGCGCUUUUCGAAUUAUACCAAUUCGACCCUCCGACCAUUAUCUAUUGGUUAAGAAAUCGCGCAGAAUAUUUUUUUUCGAUCGUUGCUUGCCUAUGGGUGCUGCCAGUUCUUGCAAAACCUUUGAAGUUUUUAGUACUUCUCGUCCAUGGAUUGCUCAACACAAGCUCGAUAUCGAAUAUAAUUUACAUUUACUUGAUCAUUUUUUGCUCAUUGCACCCUCUUAUGACUCCUGUCAGACUCAGUUACAUCGCUUUCUAGCAUUUUGUGCACUUAUUGGUCUGCCGCUGGCGCCAGAGAAAACAUUUGGGCCUUCGACAACCCUAUCUUUCGCCGUAAUUGAGGUUGAUACCAUUAAGCUUGAAGCGCGUUUACCUCGUGAUAAGCUGCAAAAAUGCGUAGAAUUUAUCAGCGAAUUUUUGCGGUGCAAAAAAGUUACUUUGCGCGAAAUUCAGUCCCUAGUUGGUCUGUUCAAUUUUGUGUGCAGCGUCGUCUCCCCAGGAAGGGCUUUUUUGCGUCGACUAAUCGAUCUCACCUACGGCGUCCGUCUUUCUCAUCACCCAAUAAAACGUAAUGGCAACGUUAAAAAAUUAAUGACAUGAAGCACUCCUUCAUGUCAUUAAUAAGCAAUCAUGCAAGGACACGGCAUUGAUGUUUUUUGUUCGCAAGCUUGUUCUUGUUUGUUUAAACAACAAUAUUUUAUUUAAAGCCGAGCACAUUCAUGGGUCGUACAAUCGUCUGGCUGAUCUUUUGUCUCGAUUUCAGGUUCAAACCUUCAAACGCGAAGCACCAGCCUCGAUGAAUUCCUGUGCAACGGACAUUCUGCGGAAUCUGUUGCCAGCGAAUUGGGAAAUAUCGUUUCCCACUUGACACAAUCCAGCCUCCAGCGAUCCUCAAUUCCAACUUACCAACGCGCUUGGAAACUUUUUGACCAAUUUCAUUCUCAGGUGUUUCAAACAUUUUCAUAUAAACUACAAAUUUCGCCUUCUACAUUAGCACGUUUUAUCGCCGACAUGUUUGACUGGCGUUACGCCUCCUCUACUGUCAACACCUACGUCUCGGUUAUUCCCACAAAUUAAUGGGAUUGAUGGAUCCAACUAAAAUAUUUUACAUUGUGCAAAUGUUGAAAGGCUAUGGCAAACAGGGUUUUCGUUUGGACGCUAGGUUGCCUAUCACUCUAAUGAUUUUAAACCGAUUAUUAACGGCCGUGCCGCUACGUACUACGACCAGUGCCAUCUUCGUACGAUGUGUGCUCUAGCAUUCUUCGCAUUAUUGCGCGUCGGUAAGAUCACAGCAACAUCACAGCCGGGCAAUUGCCUAUACAGUUAAACCAGCUCACCAAACUCUCAAGAGAUGGUGAAGUGAUUGGUUACCAAUUAAUGUUUGCAGAUUACAAGCAUAACUACAAUCAGCGAUCAUUUACUAUGGUCAUCAACCAGCAAACAAGCGCUUGCCCUGUGCAGUUAUAAUGAAGUUAUUUAAAGCAUCGUGGCUGUAGUCCGCAUACGGUAUUUAUGACAGUGGAGGGCGUCGCGGUGCCAAGAAAAGUUCGCACCGCAAAGCUUGUUGCUUGCCUCAAAUACUGUGAUCUAAGUCUGUCACAUUGCAAAUCACAAUCGUUUCGAAUCGGUGCAUUAUCUUUCGCUGCUUAGAACGGUUUGUCCGAUGCACAGAUUCAUCUUCUAGGUCGGCGGAAAACGAAUUCAUUUCAAAAAUAUAUUCGAGUUUCAACUCUUUCAACAACUGCUUCAUUAUCUGAUUAGCUGCCGCUAAUGACUGUAACUCUCAACCGCCAGUUGAUGAUGCAGCAGACUUAGCGGAACGCCUGCAACAAAGCUUCACCAAACCUUGGCAGAAUGCCAACCCCACUGAAAUUCCGGAUGUUGGAGAACUUGAACACCUACAAAAGAAUGAUACCAGUCCCCCGUUGCCUUCCGUCGGAGAAAUUAAGGUUACCCUUAAACAUCUCAAUCCUAGGAAGGCCACUGGCUCAGAUGGGAUCCAUUCAUGGCUACUGAAACGUUACAAUGAAGAACUUGCCCCUGUUAUUCAUAACAUCAUAUGCUCCAGCAUCUCCCAGGCUAAAUACCCAACCCUAUAUAAACACGCAUUUGUCACCCCAGUGGCUAAAAUAUACCCUCCUAAUGACAUGGACCAUGACUUCCGCCAAAUCUCAGUAUUACCGCAAUUGGCUAAAGUCUUAGAAAGCAUCCAACUUAAAUUAAACAAAGGGGACCUUAAGAUCAAAGAUAAUCAACAUGCAUUUACACACGGUAGAUCAACUGUAUCUGCACUGGCGACGGUUCAACGAGACUGA